AGUCGCUAAACCCUACUAGUCGAAGGGAGAGAGACAUUGCAAAAUUGUGCAGCUGAAUCCCACCGCUAGCUAAAAUGGCAGGAGCUGCAGCCCUUUUUCGUUUGGCUCGAUCUCAGGCCGCUCAUUUCAACCCUUCCAACUUCCGUUCAGGUUUUUAUUUGGGUAGCUAUGAGACCUUAUCUCAUCCACAUGCUAGAGCAGAUAACCAGAAGAAGUGGUUAUCUAAAUCAACAUCAAUAGGAGAAGAAAACAAGAUCAGCGUUGGACCUCGCAAAGACAAUGGUGAUGUGGCAAAGGAUGAAAAGGACUCAGGUGUGGUGUAUUAUGGUCCAAUAUCAAGCACCAUCAAGAAAGUGAAGCUUCUCUCUUUGUCAACUUGUUGCCUAUCUGUAUCCUUAGGCCCGGUGAUAACCUUCAUGACAUCACCUGACAUGAAUGUGAUUGUAAAGGGAGCAGUGGCGUCUUCUGUAAUAUUCUUAAGUGCCACCACCACAGGUGCCCUUCACUGGUUUGUUAGCCCUUAUGUUCACAAACUCAGAUGGCAGCCUGGAUCAGACUGCUUUGAGGUGGAGAUGAUGUCAUGGCUGGCAACUUUUAUCCCAAAGACUAUUAAGUUUGCAGAUAUCAGGCUGCCGCAGACAAACAGACCAUUUGUGACUUUCAAGGCAAAUGGGGAUUUCUAUUUUGUUGAUGCGGACCAUUGUCAUAAUAAAGCAUUGCUAGCAAAGUUGACCCCAAAGGAACCAUCCCAUGGAUCAGCUUUGAAGAACCUGUGAUGAGAACCAACUGACUCUUCUGGAUCAGUUUUUGGUGCCCUUUUCCCUUUUUUCCUUUGUGCCCGCCCCUACUCAUGGAACUGAUUUGUCAAAGGAGAAGAGAACUAAUGACUAAUGAGUGUCUAAUAGAAAUAUUGGAAUAAUAUUUUACUCUAUCCUUUUCUUUCGGCUCAAGAAAUAAUAUUAUUUCUUUGCAGUUUAUGCUCCAUUAGAACUAAUGACAAAUAUUUACACCUAUAUUAUAUUGUAUUUGGACGACGCCCUUUGUGUUUAGAUUGUUGAUAUUUUGGGAAUUGUGUGGUCUUCUCCGGUUUAUCUUCUUGUAUCCAGGGG